GGUAAGAGACACACGACUGUCAGUCAGACACAUCAACAGUCAGAGAGGUGUUCGCUCGUCGCUUGGACAAGGAUUGAAAACCAGCGCUCACAAUAGGCCGGGACAGGCUUGGGAUUCAAUCGACAACCAGCGGGAAAGGGUUUAUUACAAGAAGUGAUACGAUGGUUACAACGGCGAGGGCAAUGGUCUGUCUGACCCUCUGGUUUUCUGUGUGCCAGGUCAGAGCCUUCCACAUCCCUCCAAAGAUGAACAAAACCAUCCAAGAACUAAUGAAUCACUAUGACGUUUCAGCUAAGCUGAUUUUUAGCGGGAAGCCCAUCUUCUCCAAGGAGGCGCUGAAUGGCAAAAUGGAGACAAAAAGGGUGUUUUUGGGCGGCGUUUUGGAGGCCUAUGAAAAGAUCAUUGGCCAGAUGUUGAAGGAGCUGCCUACCCCGAGCCCUCAGACAGUCACCGCUGCCCCCAGCAACAACGCUGACACCAGGUUGCAAGGGGGCGAGGAUGUCAGGGUGCAGCUGAGCUACAUCCUGAAGAAGGUCCAGGAGCUGAGGAAACACCAUUACCAGGAGCAGGACAUGUUCCUGCAGAGGCUGCAGGCCCUCAAACACAUCAAGAUGGAUGACCUCAUCAUCCAGAACAAAGCGCUGUUUGAGCUGCCGUUUCUGUACGCGGAGGCCAGUUCCCUGCCCGACAGCAUGAAGAUGCAGAUGAGGCAGCGGCGGCGUCGGCGGCAAGCACGGAGGGUCAAAACUAGUCAGAGAGCCUGAGAUGUGAGGAACCAAUGACGGCAAGAAAGCUUAAAGGCAAAAACAACAAUAAUAGUAGAACAAGGACGGAGAAUAUUUAAUGACAUAUUUUAAAAUAGAUAAAAUAACAUGAGAAACAAAACCAAACAAAUAUCCAAACUUAAAUCAGCGUGCCUAUUUUUUCUUUUUCUGUUUUAGGAGGUGAUUACAGGGAUGAUUUUAUAGAUAUUUAUUAUACUGAACCAGCAGCCUAAGCCUAAUAAAUAUUGCAGUUUUGUAAAAUGUAUGUAUUUUUUAGUAGUUCGAUGUUCGAUACUUGAAAGCAGUAUGGUGAUUUGAUCCAGAGAGCUGAUAUAAUAAUGCAAUAAUAAUGCAAAUAACAUUCAAUAUGGAGUUUCACUCACUUGUAAUAAUCAUGUCAAUCAAUAUUGCCUUGAAACACUUGAUUGCUCAAUUGUUUUUUAUUUGUUUUUGUUAAAAAUCUUUUUAAUUGAUGUAAAAACUGCAGAUUUAAUGCUCAAAGAUCAACCAGAUAGAAUUAAGAUUAAGGUCAUUCUAGUAAUUUUUAUGGUAAAUUACAUGUAAUUAUUUUGUUUUAUUUUCAUUUUUUAGAAAUGAUAAAAGCAGGUGACAAAAAUUAAAGGAAAAGGAUCAAGUGCUACAAGGCAAAAAAUUUAGAAUUUAUUUUUUUAUUGAGUGAAACUCCUACUUGAUGCACUCGGAUUGGUGGUGGAGAGGUGGGCGGUGCCAGACUGAUGAGAAAGUCCUGAUUGAGUGAAAUUUAUGUUUUGACAUGUGAAAUAUGGCCUUUAUGAUAUUUCACAUGUCAAAUGUCUUUAAAGUUUUCACCUUAGAUCUCCAAAUAUACAGAACAUACAGCUAUACGUUAAUUUAUCAAAUGUGAAAUGUUACAUUUGCAACUGAAAUGUCCAAAACGAACGUGAUAAAACCUCUACAAAGCUCUGAAAAUUCAGUCUGCCAUAAACUGCCUAGCAACCGGAUUUAAAGCUGAUAUCUCUGCCAAAGUUUAAGAGUUGUACAUUUUAGACAUUUUAUAAAUUAAGCAGAAUUUCUCGUAAACAGGACUGUCACUGCCAUAGCCUGCCACCAUCAGCUCCAUUGUACUGCCUAAGAGAACUGAUGAUGUUUACAGUACAAAAUACACCAGAGUUUAUUGCUGAUGUACUUAAAUGUACCACAAGUCCUCUGAACAUUCAGCCCCAGCACUGAAGUACUUCACUGCGGUAAAAAUACUGUAAUAGAAGUACAAUACUCUUCAGGGAUUUUUGUUUUUUUCUGACAUGUAAUUUUCUAUAUUUAUUUUCAUAUUUAAGGUGUUUAUUUAAUACUGAAAAAUGUUGUUAUGAGUGAUUGGUUGAUUAUUUAUUAUGUAUUUAUUGAUUGGCACAUGCAGACAAAUGCACUGAAUAAAACAGAAUGAACUUCA